AUGCGCCUCACUGCCUUGCCUAUUCCAUCGCUUCCUUCGCAGCCAUCGUCGUCACCUUCCUCCGCAGUUGCAUCUAAAGCUACCCUAUGUGACACACGAUCGGAAGCAGGUGCGCGACCACAGACACCCAUACCACAAGAUCAUUAUGCAUCACAGACCGCACGUGAACGCCUCGCGCGUGUGGCAUCAGCGCCCCAGCUGGGAUCGCCACACCAUCGAACGCAGAAGUCUUCUGAUCUACAUAACUAUCCAACGCCUGAACUCCUCUUGCGGGAACAGAAAGGAGUUACCGAUGUCUCACACAAACGCCGGCGCCUGGCUUCAUCCACUUCGCCACAAACAUCAAUUCCGUCAUCGUCCUCGACAUUUCGAUUCCCUGCCCCUGCGUCUUCAUCCUCUUCCUCUACCUUGUCAUCACCUCCAUUUCCUGUCUCGCGGCAGGCCCAUGGAUCUCGACAAUUCGCUGGUUUGAAUGGGCACCGUGGUGCAUCAAGCGCAUCCGCAGCCUCUCAUGGUUUGGGUGUAGCUUGCGCAACGUCGUACCCGGCUACAUUCGCUCCUCGACGCGUGCCCAUAUCGCAUUCGGGACAUGUGCGCAAUGCGUCUAUGCCCGAGGCACGCCGGGCACAUGAUCAUUAUGUGCCUAUUCGUGGAAGUGAUCCAGUUCCUUCCACUGCCACGCUGUCGUCGUCAGCGGCCUCGCGAACCGAUUUGGGCUUGCUUCGUCCGCCAGCUGAUCCAGCGCAGCGCCAUGCACACCUAAGCUCAGCCCCGCACGACAAUCAUGUGCCACGGAGUCAUGUGCGGACACAGGGCCGACAUCUGCACCCGCCACAGCGUGGUGUUCGUUCACAUCGGCGCUCCAUUUCACACAGCACCGUCGAGCUCAGCCGGCCAGUGUUCCAUUCUCACGAUCGCAAUGAUCGUUUUACGACACCGCUGGCCGGUGUCGCUUCUCUGCCCACUUCCAAUGAACGUGGUGGUGGUAUCACAACGCCUCCAGCCAGCGCUGCCUCCUUGCCCGACACGCCCAAAUCCAUGGGCUCUAAAUCGUUGAACCAUGGCGACUAUUUGGUCAUGAGUCCUAGCCCGGAGCCACACACACACACUCGCGAUGGUUAUGCGUCCCGACAAGCCAUCAAACCUUCUACUCCGCAGCGCCAUGCAGUUGCGCGGAUGCGUAUGUCGGAAGUACCCAAUGCACGAAGUGUGUGUCCGUUGUGGGCGCAAUCGUCGCCACGUUAA